GGGGGGAGGGCAGGCCGGUGCGCGUGCCCGCUGUGCGCUCCGCGCGGGCUCCGUGAGGAGGUGAGUGGCGGCGGGUCGGGCGGCCGAGGCGGCGGCGGCCGGGGGGCGGAGCGGCGCUGCGCGGCGGGGCCCUGAGCCCGCCGGGGCCCUGAGCCCGCCGGCCCCCACCUCUGCCUGCCGCACGCACGCAGCGGAGACCCCCUCCCCCCGCGGCCCCGGGCCCUCCCCGCGCCGCCGGAGCGGGGGCUGCAGCCGCCGGCGCCCCCCGCGGAGCGCUGCCCGCCGCCGGCCGGGCUGUCAGGGCGCCCCCGCCGCCUCCUCCCCCUCGCCCCUCUUUAUCCCGGCCCCGCGCUCUUCCCUGUCAUUCAUUUGUCACUUCCCCGCUCCCAUUUUUUCCCCUCGCCCCCUCUCCCUCUCGUCCCUCCGUUGUUUCCUUCCCUUGCCGGCCUUUUUUUCUUCCGCCAUCUAUUUUUAUCUUCUUUUCAUCCCCCUCGCCUCCCCCCCCGCCCCUUCUCCUGCCCUCCUCCCCUCGCUCCUUCCGUCCCCCUUCACUUUCUCUGGGCGCUUGUGUGUGUUUCAGGCCUUCAAGGAAAAGUUGCAAAGUCCCGAGUUGUUUUGGCUGCGUUUGAGGGAGCAGGUGCCUGGCAGGAGGGAGCGAUGUAGGAGGUGCCUGGGCGCGCAGGGAGGUGCCAGGAGAUACAUGGAGAGGAUGUGGGAAUGGCAGGGGUAGGCUGGUCAGUGCACUCAGGGUGUUCCAGGGGAGAGACUCCAAAUCCUCCUUCUGGAGGGAAGGGGGAUUGAUCGCUCUAUUCCCUCUUUAUAUUUAAAAAAAGAAAAGUGAAGAAAAAAACCAAGCCAAACCCAAGCCAGUUGCCCAAGGAUGGAGUGUCAGUAGCCAACAACAGCUGGACUCGUGGGGGAAGAGGGUUCGUGCACUCACGCACACAUGAAGAGAUUCUCCAAAUUGUUUGGCUUCGUGAAGAGAUAAGGCCAGUUGAGCUCCAUGUUUUUAAAGCCAACGCAAAAAUGAUGGCGGCUUACAAUGGCGGUACGUCUGCGGCAGCAGCAGGUCACCACCACCACCAUCACCACCACCUUCCUCACCUCCCUCCUCCUCACCUCCAUCACCACCACCACCCUCAGCAUCACCUGCAUCCCGGCUCUGCGGCCGCGGUCCAUCCCGUACAGCAGCAUGCCUCUUCGGCAGCUGCGGCCGCGGCAGCGGCGGCCGCGGCGGCGGCGAUGCUGAACCCGGGGCAGCAGCAGCCGUAUUUCCCAUCACCGGCGCCGGGUCAGGCCCCUGGACCAGCUGCGGCAGCCCCAGCUCAGGUACAAGCUGCAGCAGCUGCUGCGGUCAAAGCGCACCAUCAUCAGCACUCACAACAUCCACAGCAGCAGCUGGACAUUGAGCCGGACAGACCUAUUGGAUACGGAGCCUUUGGUGUUGUCUGGUCAGUAACAGAUCCGCGAGAUGGAAAGAGAGUUGCACUCAAAAAGAUGCCCAACGUCUUCCAAAAUUUGGUCUCUUGUAAAAGGGUCUUCCGGGAGUUGAAGAUGUUGUGUUUUUUUAAGCAUGACAAUGUACUCUCUGCCCUCGACAUACUCCAGCCUCCACACAUCGACUAUUUUGAAGAAAUAUACGUUGUCACUGAGUUGAUGCAGAGUGACCUCCAUAAGAUUAUCGUCUCUCCUCAGCCGCUCAGCUCGGAUCAUGUCAAAGUUUUUCUUUACCAGAUUUUAAGAGGUCUGAAAUAUCUACAUUCUGCUGGCAUUUUACAUCGAGACAUUAAACCAGGGAACCUCCUUGUGAACAGCAACUGUGUUCUUAAGAUUUGUGAUUUUGGAUUGGCCAGGGUGGAAGAAUUAGACGAAUCCCGCCACAUGACUCAGGAAGUUGUCACUCAGUAUUACCGGGCUCCCGAAAUCCUGAUGGGCAGCCGGCACUACAGCAACGCCAUCGACAUCUGGUCCGUAGGCUGCAUCUUUGCAGAGCUACUUGGGCGAAGAAUAUUGUUUCAGGCGCAGAGUCCCAUCCAGCAGCUGGACCUGAUCACAGACCUGCUGGGCACGCCGUCGCUGGAGGCGAUGCGCACGGCCUGCGAAGGCGCCAAGGCUCACAUCCUCAGGGGUCCUCACAAACAGCCAUCCCUCCCUGUCCUGUACACACUUUCCAGCCAAGCGACACAUGAAGCAGUUCAUCUCCUUUGCAGAAUGUUGGUCUUUGACCCAUCCAAAAGAAUAUCUGCUAAGGAUGCCUUAGCUCACCCGUAUCUUGACGAAGGGCGGUUGCGAUACCACACCUGUAUGUGUAAAUGUUGUUUUUCCACAUCGACUGGAAGAGUUUAUACGAGUGAUUUUGAACCCAUCACCAAUCCCAAAUUUGAUGACACUUUUGAGAAGAACCUCAGUUCUGUUCGGCAGGUUAAAGAAAUCAUCCAUCAGUUCAUUCUGGAACAGCAGAAAGGAAACAGAGUGCCUCUCUGCAUCAACCCUCAGUCUGCUGCUUUUAAGAGCUUUAUUAGUUCCACGGUUGCUCAACCCUCUGAGAUGCCGCCAUCUCCGCUGGUUUGGGAAUAACGUGGAAGAUAAUUUACUACUGAAGAUGUAAUGUAGCUUUCCACUGGAGUCUGGGAUUUGCAAUUCUGGAGGUUAAUCAUGCUUGUACUGUAAUUUUACUAAUGAAGUUUUAAAUUAACAACCACUACUUGUACAAUAUGAAUAAUAUUUAGAAAUGUACUAGACUUUUAAUCUUGUAAAGUGGUUGUGCUUUUAGAAGAAACUGUUUUACCCAGAGCUGCAGGUGUUUUCUGCAUCGUGGUGCCGCUGCGAUGGCUCAGCGCAGGACGAACGGAAUGCAACCAAAUUCGGGGAGCUUUGUUCUCUUUUCUUUUAUUUCUUUUUUUUAUGGAAGUGGGAUUGUACAACAGCCAGACGUACGUUUUGAUAUCGAGCCAUUCCUGAAGAUUUGGGGUUUUCUAAAACUAAGGAACACAGAAAACUUGACCGCGACCAAUGACGAAGUCCCGUCGGGUGACGGUGACCACGGGCAGCGGCCGCGUCACCCGGUGGUCAGGCCCUAUAAAUAGCUUCUCACUAGAGCUGUGAUGGUGAUGUGUGCUGUUCUAAAUCAGAUGUUGUGAGUAGAGAGAAUGAGUUUGUGACUAGGAGAGACUAAACUUCUGUUUCCUUACCCAGUAUAAAUAUAUAUAUAUAUUUAAUCUAUUUUUAUUAGAAGUUUUUCUGCUCUUUCUUACAUAAAACCCCCAGCAUGCAUCUUCUAUGUGUGUAAAUAAUUCAGUUUAUGGGCUAAUUUCAGAGAUCCCGACAUCGUUGCUGUAUAGAGAGGAACUAGCUUGCACAUUCUAGGUCUGUGAAAUUUUGUGAGAACUUUUUCCUGCACUGGACAGUUGAGAGAAAAAGAAAAAGGAAAAAAAAAGCACCUAGGGAAUUGCGUUAAUUGUGUUUGUGUCGUUAGGCGAAGCUGUGGAAGUCUUGAGGUGUCUCAGUAGGACAUAACUCUGAUUACGUUUGGGCUGAUUCCCUUUCUGUUGAACACUGAAUUCUGUGCAUAUGUAUAUAGGAACACGAACCGAAGGCUCUACCUCCUGGAGAAUCCAACUUGCUUUGUUUACCUCCACAUGAGUUUUGUUUUUUAAGUUCAGUGUGGAGACUUGAAACUUGAAUGUCCCUUCCGACUUUUGUAUUUAAAACGACUAGAAAAUCCGAGACUGUUUUUCACCUGUACAAAGGAAUCCUGAAGGGUGGUCUGAAAAUCUGAGCAUUGGUCUGGAGAAAACCGUGGUGUUUGCUAUGGACAAUUAACUGUUAAAGUUAUUGUAAGUUAUCUGUAUUUAGCAGAGUAUUUUCAACAAGAGUGAUCUGAGCUGAAAUUGGAGACUAUUAGUAAGUUAUGUUUGGAAGUUUUAACUUCAAUGAAGUAAUUAUUUGCUGUGAAAGAGACAAACAUUGAAUAACUGAACAAAGAUGGUGCAAUAUCUUUGUUUUUUAUGAGGCUCCUGAGAAUAAACCAACUGAAGCAUUUCAAUUCACUUGAUUGAGAAUCGUGUUUAAUUAAAGAGCCCCAGAAGACACUGGUAUGCAAGGUAAAAUCUCAGAGGUUGGUCAGUUAUGUGGCACGCUUGCUGGUCACUUUGUACAAUGUAGAUUUGAAGUACAGUGGUGAAAACAUUAAAUGUGACAUUUGAAAAAGAAGUGGCGUUAUCUUCAUUUCCCGUCUGAUCUCCCACCGUUAUUUAAGAAUAAGCUGUUACCUCUUGAUUAAGUGCUGUCUAAACGAAUACAAGUAAAAAGACUUUAUAACA